AUGUCCGCGCCUCUCAUUGUGUGCUCCGUCCUCAAGGACGAGGAUGCCCGCACCAACCUGCUCUACCUGAACCCGCACGACGCCCACAGCUGCGUUGGUAGCUCAGGGAUUGUCAUGCUCAACGACUUCCUCUUCACGGUGUCCGUCAACGCCGGAAUCAAGGCCGGUCAUGUCGGGAUGAACAGCAUCCAGCGUCGCCUGCUCGGCCUCUCCACCACGACAGGCAGCACGGUGAUUCUUCGGACGCCCCCGCAGCACAUCCCGGCCAUUGCGAAAAUGACCUUGAGGGUGGAGCACAUCGUGGCCUCCAAAAAAGGCGGCACGUUGGACUGCAUGGAGUUUAUUGGCUACUUUCUCGCGCAGUUCACGGGACAGUGCUUUCGCGAGACGCAGAUGUUGGCUGUGGUACUGGACUCCAGCCUCCGACUCUUGGUGACUGUCACGCAGCUCAACUGUGAUGGCCUGGGAGACGUUGGCGUGCUUGACCCCAGCACGAGUCUCAUUGUUCUUGCCACGGAGAAGAGCGAAAUUACGCUCGCGAACGUGCCGGACAACCAGUUGGAUGCCCAGCAACCACAGUUGAUGCAAAACUUUAACCUUGAGAGCCUCGGCAUCGGUGGACUGCGGAGCGAAUUUGCGCAGGUGUUUCGUCGUGCCUUUGCGAGUCGCCUCUUCCCUGCCUCCUACAUGAAGAAGCUGGGGGUGAAGCACGUCAAGGGGGUCCUGCUGUACGGUCCACCCGGCACCGGAAAGACACUUAUUGCCCGCAAAAUUGGGGAAAUCCUCAACUGCCACCCGCCAAAGAUUGUCAAUGGACCCGAGGUGUUUAACAAGUUUGUUGGCGGGACGGAGGAAAAUGUGCGGAAGCUCUUUCUGGAUGCCGAGGCGGAGGAUGCGGCAAAAGGGGAGCUCUCCAAGCUCCACCUGAUCAUUUUUGAUGAGUUCGAUGCCAUCUGUAAGCAGCGCGGUGCCGUACGGGAUUCCACCGGCGUCAACGACAACGUGGUCAAUCAACUGCUCUCCAAAAUUGACGGGGUAAACUCGUUGAACAACGUCCUUCUCAUCGGCAUGACGAAUCGACUGGACCUCAUUGACGAGGCAAUCCUGCGGCCGGGCCGCUUUGAGGUGCACGUGGAGAUCAGCCUCCCAAACGAGGAGGGGCGAGAGGAGAUCUUUCGCAUCCACACCCGCGGGAUGCGUGAGAACGGCGUCAUUGGCAAGGACGUGGACCUGGCGGAGCUCGCCGGGAUGACCAAAAACUACUCCGGUGCCGAGAUUGAGGGCGUGGUGCGCUCCGCCAUCUCCAACGCGUUCAACAAGCACAUAGACCUCGACCAUCCAACCGAGGUGGUGAAUGUGCGGGACGUGUUUGUGUCACGGCAGGAUUUUCUUCAUGCUGUUGAGGAGGUGCAGCCGGCCUUUGGGAAGGCAAAGGAGGAGUGUAGCAACCUCAAGGGCGACGGUAUCAUUUCUUACGGUAAACAGUGGGAGGGAGUUGAGAGCUGCUGCGACCGGUAUGUGGAGCUGCUAAAGGGGGAGGGUAAGCGUAUCAAUUUGCUUAGCGUGUUGAUUGAGGGGCUGCCAAGCUCCGGUAAGUCAGCCGUGGCGGCGCACCUCGCAGAACGGGCCGAAUUUCCCUACGUCAAGGUUAUCUCCAGUGAAGGCAUGGUCAGCUAUGGUGAGCUGCAAAAAGUAAAUAUCAUUCGCAAGGCCUUUGAAGAUGCCUAUCGAUCUCCUGCAAGCGUUAUCAUCAUUGACGACAUUGAGCGCAUUAUUGAAUUCUCGCACCUGGGUGGUCGAUACAGCAACGCAAUCUUGCAAGCGUUACUCGUGCUUAUCAAGCGACCGCCGCCGGAGGGCAGAAAGCUACUCGUGAUCGGCACAACAGCCCUGUAUGAGGUGCUGGAUAGCCUGGAGAUGGUCUCAUGCUUCUCCGUGAAGGUGGCGCUGCCUGGCGUCCCUCCAGAGGCGCUACCGGUGAUUGCCCACGAGCUUGGGCUUCCCUUUGCAACCCAGGCGGAUCUGUACCGCUGCGUUGACCACCUCCUCCCGGCGUCUAUGCCGAUGAAGCAGCUGCUGCUUGUCUUGGAGAUGUCUGUUGAGAAGGGGCCAGACGGGAAGCCCGUCCUCACCGCCAACACCUUUGAGCAGGCGCUUGAAUCCGUUGGGGUGCGUCGAAGCUGA